ACGUCUUGGCGGGCAGUUCGCGGGAAUCGGCUGACUCUCAGAUAAAAGCCUGAGCGGGCAGGUCUGGACAGUAGUAGUACACGCCGACGAUAGCCAUGCGAGUGUCCUGGGUGCUAUCCUGGGUGGCUGUCGGGUGCCUGGCGACCCUAGGGUGGGCGAAGCCUCAGAGCACGGACAGCAACUUUCAAGCUCUCAGCUUAGAAGCCGAUGCACACAAUCAUGACAAAGAGGUAGACUCCCCUCUGUUGGCGAGGCUUAGGCGAUCACCUACCCAUCACAAGCACAAGAGCUAUGGAGGCGGUAGCUGUCCAGUUUGUCAGGCUAGCGGGUACGGAGGUGGAUUUGGAGGAGGAGGAGGUUAUCCCAGUGGAGGAGGAGGAGGAGGAGGUUGUGGCAGUGGUGGUUGUGGAGGUGGUGGCUAUUAUCCCGGUGGCGGCGGCGGGGGUAGAUAUCCCUCAGGUGGAGGCGGAGGUGGUUAUCCCUCCGGCGGUGGUGGAGGUGGUUAUCACUCCGGCGGCGGUGGAGGUGGUUAUCCCUCCGGCGGCGGUGGAGGUGGUUAUCCCUCUGGCGGUGGCGGAGGUGGUUAUCCUUCUGGCGGUGGAGGCUGUGGUGGAGGCGGUUGUGGCGGAGGAGGCUUCCAAGGGGGCAACCAGCUCGGGGGUGGCGGAAGUGGAUACCCUGGAGGCGGCGGCGGCGGUGGCAGUUGUUCCACCUGCGGUGGACGUGGAGGCGGUGGAUCUUUCUCCCAUUCUUCGGCACAAAGUUCAGCUUCUUCUUCCUCAGGAGCUUGGUAACCUUGGCAACAACUUGACAAUGUGAUCUUGGGCUCACUACAUCAUCCUCUAGCUCCCUUGACUGUGUCCAUAUAUCGAAGUGGUGUUCUUAUCUUUCCACGUGGCAAACUUAAUGAUUAAAUGUCUUUUUUUACAUUUAA